AUGUCGGACGACGCACGCGCUCGUCAGGCGCCACCCUCGCUCGAGGAACUGGCUCGAGCUCGACGCGCCGAUCGAGACGCCGCGAUCAAGCCCACGUUCGUGAGUAAGGAAGCUCGGGCGAAGGCGGCGUUGGCGCGUCGCGAGGCGGAGGUGAAGGCGCAGCGGGAGCGGGAGGCGGAACAGAAUGCGACGGCGCGGGCGACGGCGCGAGAGGCGGCGGCGACGAAACCGGCGGCGACGAGUCGGUUCGGACGCGAACGAGACGAUGGACGCGGAGGUGGGUACGGCGGUGGACGAUGGAACGAGCGAGGGGGCGGUUGGGGGCGAUACGGGAGCGGUGAUCGACGAAACGAGGGGAAACGCGAGAGAGAGGAGCGCGAGGCGAGAGAGGAACGCGAGAGAGAAUUGGAGAUGUUGAAGCGGCAGUACAUGGGCGAAGACGCGUCUGUGAAGAAACCAAAGCCGGUGCAGCAGCAUAGAGGGAAAUUUUUGUUCGAUUGGCGCAAGGAAGAGGAUACGUCGAGGGACUUAAAUCCGCUGUACGAUCGCCCGCACGAGGUUGCGCCGAUGUUUGGGCGAGGGAUGCUCGCCGGGGUUGAUCGUCGAGAACAAGCUCGGUCAAACGCUGGGCGCGAACGAGAGUUAAUGAUUAAGGCGAGAAAGGAUAUGGGAUCAAGCGAUGCCGCGGGUGACGUGCGAAAGUUGGACGCCGAGCGCGAUAGACGACGCAAGGAGGCUGAGGAACGCGAGCAGGCGAGGACGUUCAAGGAACACUGGAGUGAUAAGAAGCUUGAGGACAUGACCGAGCGUGACUGGCGCAUCUUUCGCGAAGACUUUAACAUAUCGUAUAAGGGAGGGCGUUUGCCCUUACCCAUGCGCGCGUGGGACGAGUGCGCUGGGCUGCCGAAGGAGAUUUUGCGCGCCAUUGAAAAGGUGGGCUACGUCAAGCCAUCGCCAAUUCAAAUGGCGAGCAUUCCGAUCGGAUUGCUCAAGCGCGACGUCAUCGGGAUCGCAGAGACUGGUUCCGGUAAGACGUGUGCGUUCGUUGUCCCGAUGCUCGCGCACAUCAUGCAGCUUCCGAAGAUGACGGAUGAAAUAGCCGCGCACGGACCGUAUGCCCUCAUCAUGGCGCCGACACGGGAGUUGGCGCAACAAAUCGAGGAAGAGACGCUCAAGUUUGCGCAGUUCUUAAACUACCGCGUCGCCUUGGUUGUUGGUGGACAGUCAAUCGAGGACCAAGGGUUCAAGCUUCGCAAGGGUGUGGAGAUUCUCGUCGGCACGCCAGGGCGCAUCAUCGACGUCAUCGAUCGACGCUACACCGUGCUGAGCCAGUGCAACUACAUCGUCCUUGAUGAGGCUGAUAGAAUGAUCGACAUGGGCUUCGAACCGCAAGUCAACGCGGUGAUGGAGUCCAUGGGUUCUGGGAAUUUGAAACCUGAAGACGAGGCGGAGGCGCUCGACGCGCAAGCUCUCGACGCCGGUGCCGGCGUCGCGUCCUCCAAGUAUCGCACGACGUACAUGUUCUCGGCGACGAUGCCACCGAGUGUCGAGCGCUUGGCACGUAGUUACCUAAGAAACCCAGCCGUGGUUAACAUCGGUAGCGCUGGGAAAACGAGCGAUCUCAUCAAGCAAGAGGUGAUAUGGGUCGCCAAGCACGAGAGAGACUCCAAGCUCGAGCUCGUGCUCUCACGGCACACGAACACGCAAGCGAUCGUUUUUGUGAACGCCAAGCGCUCAGUCGACGCCGUGCAAAACUUGUGCUACCGCUUAGGUUAUUCUUGUGCGAGCAUUCACGGUGGAAAGUCCCAGGAUCAGCGCGAGGAAAGCUUGCGUGGCUUCAAGGCGGGCGAAUACGACAUUCUCGUCGCCACCGAUGUCGCCGGUCGCGGUAUCGACGUGAAGAACAUCGAUCUUGUCGUCAACUACGAGUUGCCGCACUCGAUAGAAAACUACACGCAUAGAAUCGGUCGCACGGGGCGCGGCGGGCGCAAGGGUACCGCCGUGAGCUUCCUCACCCAGGACGACCGGGACGUCAUGUACGAGCUCAAGCAGCUGUUGAUCGAGAGCAAGAACGUGGUCCCGGACGCGCUGGCGAACCACGAGGCGUCCAAGGUGAAACCCCAGCGCGAUGAACGCGGAAGGAAGAUGAACCGCGACGAUAUUCGAGGCCAGGAGGCGAUCAUCUUUUAG